AUGGGAAAUUCGAAUUCGUCUAAUAAUGAUCAAAACAAUUGGAUGACAGUUACUCCUAAUGACGCUUCUAUGCCUAUGUUUGAACUAUCACUUCGGUCUGUAGUCGAAAGACGACCUAUUUUCCCUUCUAAAAUUUCGUUCAAUAAUGGUCAAUCAUCCAAUUUUAUACUUCCGGCAGCGAUAGGAGCGAAGUGGACAAGUGAUUUUGUGGGUGUUCCAGUAACUGCUGGUGAUAAAUCAUCUGUUGGAAAUUCAUCAUGUCUACCUAACACUCAUCAGCCAACGAACUUUUCAUCAAUUCAACAGCCUGCCAACUUCCUAAACAAUUCAGUUGCACAGAUACGAAAUAAUCCAUCACAUAAUUCACCCCAGAUAUCUACAGAAGGGCAAUUUGUUGCUUUGCAUGAUUACGUUAAACGUGUAGAUGAUGAUUUGAAUAUGACCAAAGGACAAAUAUUUAAUAUACUCGAUAAUUCAGACUGUGAUUGGUGGUAUGCAGGAUGUGUAUCUACUGAUAGUCGAGGAUAUGUACCCAAAAAUCAUUUAGCAGCUGUUACCAGUUUAGAAUCCAAUGAAUGGUAUUUUGGAGGAUUGAAACGUAUUGAAGCUGAACAUUAUCUUCAACUUCCGGGAAAUGAUCAUGGCUCUUUUUUGGUUCGAAUCAGUGAAUCUCAAUCCAGUGAAUAUUCUUUAUCAGUACGAGAAGAGAAUACUGUUAAGUACUAUCGUAUUCGACCAAGAUAUUCACGAACUGACCUUACAUUAAAACGUUUAUACAUUUCAAGACAACUGCCUUAUGUUAAUAUUCAACAGCUAGUCAAUCAUUAUUUAGAGAAUCAAUCUGGUUUAUGUUGUCGAUUGGGCAGACCAUGUAUUCGACCAACUCAUCCAGAACCUGUAGGUCUUUUACAAAAAACUUAUUGA